AUACGACUGAAAAAGUCAUGUGACGGGUUGCCAUUUAGAUUGCAGAACAUACAUUGAUAAUUUAAAGAAACAUGUCGGGUAAAGACAGAAUUAACAUCUUCCCGUCUCGGAUGGCUAUGACUAUAAUGAAGGCACGACUCAAAGGUGCCCAAAAAGGUCAUUCGCUGCUGAAAAAGAAAGCAGAUGCCUUGACAAUAAGAUUUCGAAUCAUCUUAAAGAAAAUUAUUGAAACGAAGCAAUUGAUGGGCGAUGUGAUGAAAGAAGCCUCGUUUUCACUAGCUGAAGCUAAAUUCGCCACCGGAGACUUUAGCCAUUUGGUCUUACAAAAUGUCAAUAAAGCCCAAAUUAAAGUUCGUUCGAAAAAGGAUAAUGUUGCUGGGGUAACAUUACCAAUUUUCGAAUCCUAUACUGAUGGAUCGGACAGCUAUGAGUUGGCUGGUCUAUCAAGAGGUGGUCAGCAAAUUGACAAACUGAAAAAGAAUUAUGCUAAAGCUGUAGAAUUGUUGGUUGACCUAGCCUCUUUGCAAACGUCUUUUGUCACUCUUGAUGAAGUAAUUAAAAUUACUAAUCGUCGUGUGAAUGCCAUUGAACAUGUCAUCAUUCCUAAAAUCGAGAGAACACUAUCGUAUAUCACUACAGAAUUAGAUGAGCGAGAAAGAGAGGAAUUCUUUCGUUUGAAAAAGAUUCAAAACAAGAAGAAGAAAGAUAAAAAAGUCAAAGAAGAAAUGCAGAAGGAAUUAGGAAUCCAGGAGAGUGGAGCAGACGGACAACGUAACCUGUUAGAAGACGAUCACGACGAAGAUUUAUUGUUUACUUCAUAA